UGUUAUACCCUCUGUCACCUCAUACUUUCAAGUUCUCUGGUUUGUACUCACCAUCAAGGCAUGGACUGCUAUGGAAAAUACACCAUACAGUCACCACCAGCGCUUUCUACGAUGCACGGCCAAACCGCCAUGUACAACAACCACACUCCGUACCAAGAGGUGUAUUCCAUGGCAAAUUGCCGACCCUACUUGGACAGGGCGCAGUGCUCCUAUAAUUCGAUCAGCUCAGAUUUCGCGCAAGCCCAUGACAGUGACGUAUUCUCGGGGUACAGCGCCACGAACGAUUCUUGCGAAAGUAACCAGCGUGAUACAGUAGUUGACGGUCUAAUGUCGCUGAAAACUGCCCGUACAUGUCGUCACAAUGUGACAGCUAGCUACAGUUCCCCGGAUGGAUCAUUAGAGACAAGUAACCACGAACCAAUAAGUGAAUUCAUGAAACAGAGUUGUUCCAUCAGUAGCAGCUCCUCAUUGCACCCCGAGUCGCCGGCUUGGGACCAAUUAGCCAUGGAGCUGACAGUGACGCCAUACCCCUACCUCACCAGUGAUUCUUUCUCCGUGCCAUGGGAACGCCAUUCAACCGUGCCCGGUGUCCAUUUCUCAACUAGUCACUGUAACUAUCUGGAAAUGCCACUUUAUUCGCAAGAGACUACGUAUUGUAAAAACUCUGCUCCCAAAUAUUAUAGGAGUGCAUUCAACGGUGGUUCUGCAGCGGCAUCCGUUGGUGGGUCCCAUGUCACCAGCAACCGUCUGCUUGAUUUUCAUUCGCCAAUGAUGCGAUCCGCACAUUCGUCGUCCGUCCAUCAACGCAAGAAUCGAUGUAACAUCUGUGGUAAAUGCUAUGCCCGGCCCAGCACCCUGAGAACUCACAUGCGAACACAUUCUGGUGAGAGACCAUUCAACUGCACUGUAUGUAAUAAGACGUUCGCCCAGGCCGCCAACUUAACGGCUCAUAUGAGAAUUCAUAGCGGCGAAAAGCCAUAUAGGUGCCCAAUGUGCUACAGACGUUUUUCUCAGGGUUCAUCACUCACUACACACAUGAGAACACAUACAGGAGCCCGUCCGUACAAGUGUAACUACUGCGAGAAGUCCUUCGCUGAUAGUUCAACGUUGACCAAACACAAGCGUGUACACACCGAGGCCCAGUCUGCACUACGAGUUGUAUCUGGGAACGAGAGUGUAUUUUACUCCGCCUAG